ACCCAGGAUGAAGAGCCUGGUACCUCACGAUCAGGACCCGGCUGUCAGCCUUGCUGGUGCCCCCAGCUCAGCCGAGGGACCAGUGCGCAUGUCUGGGCUGGGGAGCGCCGGACCCCUGGGGUCUGCGAGCGAAACCCGCCCCAGUUCCCUGAGCGCCUCCCACGGGGACCCCUCAGUGACGUGCUCCCGGCCACACAGGCCGGCACCCGCCUGCUCAGGCCAGAAACCCACGAAGCGCCGCGGGCAGUCAGGUUUCGGGCCCGCCUGCAACCGCGAGGCCCCGGCAGGCGCUGAAACCAAAGGCAGAUGAGGGAAGCAGCGCCAGGGGACCGAGGCGCCGCGGGCCGCGUAGCCGGGCGAGGGCAUGCUGCGCCGCCGCGACGAGCGCCAUGGGCUGGCUUAUCGGGGUCUCAGGUGGACGCGGCUCGAGCCGGAACGCCGCCGGGACCGCCGUGCGCAGACCCGAGGCCUGGGGCCCCCGCUUCUGGCUGCCGGCCCGCGCUCCUCGUUCUCCGCGCACUCGGGCCCGCCUCUCGGCCGUUUUCGCUUUCGCUUUCUUGCCGAGAGCGUUGAGGAAAAUGAAAGUGGCAGUGUCCAGAGCCUGCGCGGCAGCUGUCGGGGCGAGGGGCGCACCGUGCGGGGCGGCCAGCCUGGAGCGGGCGAGCCGGAGCUUCAGCCCGCACCCGGCGAGGACUGCCUGGUGUUCUGCCGUCUGCAGGCGCUCCUGCGUCCUUGUGUGAAUGCUCCAAGCAUCCAGCCGGGUCUCUGGCCUGCAGAGCCGCAGCAGAUGGCGGUAGGCCCUGGACUUCCCUGCACUGCAGGCAGUGAUGAGGCUGGGCAGCAGAGAAACAAGAAAAUGGACUCCCUUCUCCUGAAGACAAGAAUGCCAGCUACCAGCCAUGGGUGCCAGUUUGCAGCCUGUUGAAGGAAAACAAUAUCAAGCUCCUCUUAAGCUAGAGUCCAGCACACUCACCUGUGUGAAUGGCCCAGCUCCGAAACAGACAGGCGUCCUUGUUGAUGUCCCAGCCAUGCUUCGCAGCGUGCUUCCAUGGGAUCUGGAAGAUCAUCUCCUCCUAUACAGCACACAAGCACAUGUACACACAAAGCUGUGUCAGCUCAGAGACCACAGGUUUUUGGCCUUAAUCUGCCCAGCCCCCCAGGUCUGGGAAAAGACUGACUUCCCUUUUUCACCCUGACAUCUGGCUGGGGUUGACCCAUCCCGACAAUGGCCUAAACAGACUGGUGCAUCCCUCUGGAUCUCUCAGAAGAGGCUCUGGGUUCUGAUGAGCUAUGGCAUCAUCAGGUCAGCAAAGACCUCCUUCUGCUCAUUACAGAUGUGCUAGGACCCAUACAGAGGACCCCUGGAUGCUUCUCUCUGGCUUGUCAGCACCAACAUGGAAGUGAGAACUCAGUCCAUUAUAUGGGGCUUCUCAGAACAACUGUGAGCACUGGCUCCUACAAAGGGGGUUCUGGUCAUAUACCUUCAGGAGCCCAGGACCAGACUUGGAUGAUGACUACCUGUGUGACCCUGGCAUUGACACUGUACUUCUUUAUCCCUCACUGGUUUCCAUGAAAUGGGGAAAAAAAACAACAACAACAACAACCCAGUAACAAAUAUAAAAGCUAAGGUCCCACUGUUCUCAUUA